AUGAGGGUGUUGAACGGUGCCCGGGUCCUCUCUAGGAGGCUUUAUUCAGCAAAAGCAGCCACAAAGCCUGAAGCUGCUGGCAAGGCUCGUCUUCUUCCUGAGGAGCUUGAGAUCACAAAGUUGCCAAAUGGGCUGGUUGUCGCCUCUCUAGAAAACUACGCCCCAUCUUCUAGGAUCGGAAUGUUUAUAAAGGCAGGAAGCCGAUAUGAAACCGCCAACAAUUUGGGUGUUAAUCACGUUUUACGUCUUGCAUCCAACUUGACAACUAAGGGAGCCUCCGCUUUUAAAAUUACCCGUGGUCUUGAAGCUGCUGGAGCUGGCUUAAGUGUGACAUCAACAAGGGACAACAUUGUGUACGCAGUGGAAUGUCUUAGAGAUGAUGUGGAUACUGUAAUGGAAUAUCUCAUUAACAUCACUACUGCCCCAGAAUUCAGAAGAUGGGAGAUCGCUGAACUUGCGGACAGAGUAAAGACUGAUAAGGUUUUGGCUUUCCAAAAUCCACAAGUUGGUAUCUUGGAGAACCUUCAUGCUGCUGCUUACCGUAAUGGUCUUUCUAAUUCCUUGUUCUGUCCUGACUACAGAAUUGGAAAAGUUUCACCAGAUGAGCUGCAGCAGUACGUGCAGACUCAUUUCACAAGUGGAAGACUGGCCUUUGUAGGUUUAGGUGUCAGUCAUUCUGUCCUUAAACAAGUUGGAGAACAGUUUCUUAAUGUCAGAAGUGGUGCUGGUCCUGCAGCUGUCAAAGCUCAGUAUCGUGGAGGUGAGAUCAGAGAGCAAAAUGGAGAUGGUCUUGUCCAUGCUGCAAUUGUUGCAGAAGGAGCAGCAGUAGGGAGCCCUGAAGCAAAUGCUUUCAAUGUCCUCCAGCAUGUUCUGGGUGCAGGGCCCUACAUCAAAAGAGGCAGCAACUCCAGCAGUAAACUUUCCCAAGCAGUGUCCAAGGCAACCAGUGAACCCUUUGACGUUUCUGCGUUCAAUGCAAGCUACUCGGAUUCUGGAUUGUUUGGUGUCUACACUAUAUCCCAGGCUGCUUCUGCUGGAGAUGUAAUAAACGCUGCUAUUAAUCAGGUGAAAGCUGUCGCUGGUGGUACUGUAACUGAGGCUGAUAUCACAAGAGCAAAGAACCAACUCAAAUCCCAGUACCUUAUAUCUAGUGAAAAUUCCUCUGGGCUGUUGCAUGAGAUUGGGUCUCAGACACUGGCAGCCGGUACCUAUACAUCACCAGUUGCUGCCAUCAAACAAGUAGAUUCCGUGACCAGCGCAGAUGUUGUUAAUGCUGCAAAGAAAUUUGCAUCUGGAAAGAAAUCCUUGGCAGCAAGCGGAAACCUGGAAAAAACCCCAUUUGUUGCAGAUCUCUAA